GGCCGCGGCGCCAGGGGUCAUGCUGAGGUCACCUCGUCUUCUGGCCGGCGUCGCUCUGGUUUCUCUUCUUCUGCUGACCCUCAACGUUGUCUGGCUCACUGUUGACCGCGAUGUCACAGUAUCGAGUCGGACCACAAACUGGAGUACCGUGUGGACGAGGCUGCGCUCCGUGGCAGAGGUCGGAUCCAGCAGGGCAGUCGCCGAGCCGUGUCGACCACUGGACCGGACACCGAUUGUAGAAACGACGGCGACAGCAGUGGCAGUAAAGACGGCGACGAAAAGGCCGGCGCUCCUGCACGUGCCAAAAAACACACUGCUGCUGGGCCGGCCCCGCGCUGCCACCGGCUUCCUCACCAUUGGAAUUGCCUCGGUGUUUCGCAAGGAGCACUACCUGAGCCGAACUCUCCGCUCGCUGAUUGACAGCUCGACAGCGGUUGAGAGAGCCAACGUCACAGUGGUGGUCCUGCUGGCCGACACCAAUGACACACUCAGGUCCUUCCGUCUGAGCCAUCUGUCCAGCCAGUUUCACGGCGAGGUCGCUGAUGGGUUCAUCCAGUUCAUCCAGCCUCCACCUGAUCUGUAUCCCGACCUCAACUUCACGAGUGGUCGACGGCGCACCUUCAACGACAAGCCGGAGCGGGUGGCGUGGAGAACCAAACAGGUGAUCGACUUUUCAUUUCUAUUCUCGUAUUGUUACAAGCUAUCUGAGUACUACAUGAUUCUUGAAGACGACAUCCUUUCUACAAGCCGAUACAUUACUGCCAUUCGGGAAUUUAUUCAAAUGCACAGGCACCAUGACUGGGUGGGUCUGAAGUUCGCUCAGUAUAUGAUAAUCGGCGACCUGGUUCGGUCGUCCAGUCUUCCACGGCUUGUGCAGCUGAUGACCAUGUUUAGAGAGGAGCAGCCAGUCGACUUUAUCAUGUCCCACUUCAUCUCGAUGAUGGUGAACGCGCCGGGCCUUCCAACACGCCGGGUGCCCUCGCUGUUCAACCACAUCGGACGCCGCUCAACUCUGGCCAACAAGACCCAAAAGGUUGUCGACUACCAUACCAACCAGGUGACCAGGCGGUUCGAGCACGACAACCCGCCGGCGGAGGUGGUGACCAACAUGCGGGUGGUGACCGGUCACCUGGCACCAUACGCCUACAGCGUCGCUCCCGGUCUGUUCAUCGGGCAGCCCAAGCGCGGCUCGGUGGGGACGCUAGACGUGGCGCUGACCCGACGCCGGCGGCUGCGGCGGGUGGCCGUGGUGACCGGUCAGAAGCAGCAGUACCGGCUGAAGCGCGGCCGACUGCUGGCGGCCGCUGACCUGGUGCGGGUCACCGCCACCUCGGCAGAGUGUACCGACUGGAGCCUGCUAGGAGAGUUCGACCCGAGUGGAGUGGUGGAUGUGAAGGCGGUGGAUACACUGGUGCCCGGUGGAGUGCAGUGUGUCAGAGUGGAGGUGGACAGGACACACGGCGGUAUAGUGGCCAUCACGGAGAUAGCGCUGUUCGAGGAGAGCUGAGAAAGGAGAGCUGAAAGAGGAGGGCGAAAAUACUAAAGGGGAAUGUGGUAAGGGGAAUGGGGAAUGCUUGAUGUGGGGAAAUGUGCUGUUACUACUGGUUGGAAGAGAUUUGGGCUUUUUGCAAUGGCGGAUGCGAAUUUAAGAAAAAAUGAAGGGAAGUUAAAGGAAAUAGUUCACUUUCACGAAAUUAUAUUUUUUGCAAUGGAUUUAUGAUUUUUUAUGUUCAAAAUGAUCAGCAAAGAAAAUAAAACCUUUUUAUAACAAAA